UACGUGUGUCCCUCUACCCUUCCAUUUCCCGCGAAAAUCUCUCUUCUCUCUCCCUCCUAACGGUCUCUCUCUCUCUCCAUGUCUCAGUCCACUCAACAAUGUCGAUCAUAUCAAAAAACAACCCCCAUUUCCCUCCAUCUCCAUACCUCUACCCUUCCUAAAAACUCGCAACCGUAAAAAUGACCGGUUCUCCGCCGUCAACCACCACCGCAUCGACGGCGACCAAAAGCAAACUCAAGAAGUUUCCUCAAAUUCAUCCUCCCGAUAACGAAAUUAGGGUUUCAAAUGUUGACGGCAUGAAUAAUAAUGGCGUCGAAGGAGAUGACGAAGCGUCUCCGAUUGCUCCGUCUAUGUUAGGGUUGAAUUGUAUUCGCACUCGAUCGAUUAUUACCACUAACCUGUUAAUCCCGUCGUUAGCUGCUUCGCCUCCGGAUAAUCGUAGUAAUAAUACGGGUAACGAAGAUGCUUCCAGGGAUGAAGGUAAGGGCGGGAGUGGGGAGAGGAGAGAUAAUUCUGCUGGUAGGAAGAAGUUUAUUGUUCCUGAUAAUAAUCAUCUUUCUUCCGGUGAAUUUCUAGGCAAAAAGGUUACUUGGAGUCAAUCGAAGUCACUUAAGUUUUCAUCACCCCUAAAUGCUGGUCUUGAGGGAAAUGCAGCACUGAUAAAGGAGAUGCAGUCUCCACGUUUCCAAGCUGUUCUGCGUGUUACAAGUGGGCGUAAGAAGAAAACACCAGAUGUUAAAAGCUUUUCUCACGAGCUUAACUCUAAAGGAGUUCGCCCUUAUCCCUUUCUGAAGUCCCGGGCAUUUGGCCACAUGGAGGAGGUUUUGGUAAUGAUCAGGGCCAAAUUUGAUCAUCUGAAGGAGGAAGUCGAUCUUGACUUAGGCAGCUUUGCUGCAGAUUUAGUUUGUAUACUAGAGAAAAAUACAGAGUGCAAUCCAAAUUGGAGGGAGGGCUUGGAGGAUCUGUUACUUAUAUCUCGUCAGUGUGCAACCAUGUCCGCUGAGGAAUUUUGGUUUAAGUGUGAAAUUAUUGUUCAGGAUCUGGAUGAUCGCAGACAAGAGUUACCCAUGGGUACACUUAAGAGAGCUCAUUCACGCCUUCUCUUUAUCUUGACUCGUUGCACUCGACUGGUCCAAUUUCAGAAGGAGAGUGGUUAUGUAGAAGAGCACAUUCUGAAUCUUCACAAAUUGAGUGAUCUUGGAGUCUAUCCAGAGCAAAUCCCUGGGUUAGACAAUAUUGACUCAGGUAGUACACUUGUGGAAAAGGACGGGAACGAGAAGCUGCAGAAGAAAUCAGAUAGUCAACAACCCACUCUGACAUUGAAACAUGAUCAUCUCUACGUUAGUGGCACUGAUGGGGCAGAAGUUGGCACGGCCAGAAGCCAAGAUUCAACGACAAGUAGCUAUAGGAUGUCUUCAUGGAAGAAGUUUCCGUCUGCUGCUGAAAAGAACAGGAGAGAUCCUGAUGCUGUCAACACACCAUUGAAGGACCAGCCAGGGGCCUUCCAGAAUAAAGAUGAACCAAUUGAAACACCUGAAUCUCGUCCAGGAAACACGCAUACUGUGGUAGGAAAAGUUUCUUGGGGUGUCUGGGGAGAGCAACAGCAUAUCACUUAUGAAAAUUUUAUAGUCUGCCGCAUUUGUGAGGUUGAAAUACCCACUGUAUUUGUGGAGGAGCACUCGAGAAUUUGUACAAUUGCUGAUAGGUGUGAUCUUAAAGGAUUAACUGUAAAUGAUCGGUUGGAGAGAGUUGCAGAAACCCUUGAGAAGAUACUGGAAUCCUGGACGCCAAAAAGCACGAGUCCUGAUAUUACCAGAGUAUCCAGCUCCAAUAUGCCAGAAGAGCUGGAUGCAUUGUCACCUAGGAAAAAUGACUUAUCCUACAGAUCAUCUGAUGAGAUGCUCGAUUGCAUUCCUGAAGCUGAUAAUUAUUUUUCCAUGUAUGAUAUGAACAUUUCACCAGGUAUGUCAGGCGAUACACAUUACUCUGCUGAUGUCAAUAAGAAACCCUCAUCGCCAGGAAGCUCGACACCAAGAUCACCAUUAACACCACGUACAAACCAGAUAGAGUUGCUACUGCACAAGAGAAAAACGAUAUCUGAGCAUGAAAAUAAUCAGCAGAUUAAGAAGCUCCUGGACAUUGCUCGUUCUAUUGCUAGGGUAAACGAGCAUGAUUACAGUACAUUGGAGUAUAUGAUUGACCGCCUCGAAGACCUCAAGUAUUCCAUCCAGGAUAGAAAGGUGGAUGCUCUUGUUGUUGAGACGUUUGGGAGGCGCAUAGAGAAACUUCUGCAAGAGAAAUAUAUCCAACUAUAUGCCCAAAUAGCAGAUGAAAAAGUCCACUCAUCCCAGACGGCAGAUGAAGAUAGUCCAGUGGAUGAUGAUACAGUACGAAGUUUACGAGCAAGUCCAAUUAAUACGAAUACCAAGGAUCGAACAUCAAUUGAAGAUUUCGAAAUAAUUAAACCAAUCAGCAGAGGAGCAUAUGGAAGGGUUUUUCUUGCUAGGAAAAGAGCAACCGGUGACUUAUUUGCUAUAAAAGUUUUGAAGAAGGCUGAUAUGAUCCGUAAGAAUGCAGUAGAAAGUAUAUUGGCUGAGCGUAAUAUUCUGAUAACAACUCGGAAUCCUUUUGUGGUUAGAUUCUAUUACUCUUUCACUUGCAAAGAAAAUCUUUACCUGGUUAUGGAAUAUUUAAAUGGAGGUGACCUUUAUUCUUUGCUAAGAAAUCUUGGUUGCUUAGACGAAGAUAUGGUUCGUGUUUAUAUUGCUGAAGUUGUUCUUGCAUUGGAGUACUUGCAUAAACUUAAUGUUAUCCACAGAGAUCUGAAGCCUGACAACUUGUUGAUUGGCCCUGAUGGUCACAUUAAGUUGACAGAUUUUGGGCUCUCUAAAGUUGGCCUUAUCAACAGUACUGAUGACUUAUCAGGUCCAUCAGUUAGCAGCUCUGGAUUUCUGGGUGAUGAGAUACCUGGUUCUACAUUGAAGCAAUCACCAAGAGAGCAACGGCAAAAACACGCAGUUGUUGGGACUCCUGAUUAUUUAGCACCAGAGAUACUUCUUGGCAUGGGACAUGGUGCAACUGCUGAUUGGUGGUCUGUAGGUGUUAUUCUCUUUGAGCUGCUUGUAGGAAUUCCACCAUUCAAUGCAGAAAGCCCUCAGAAAAUUUUUGAUAACAUUAUGAACCACGAUGUCCCAUGGCCCAAGAUACCCGAGGAAAUGAGUCAUGAAGCAUAUGACUUGAUUAACAAAUUACUGAUAGAAAAUCCUGUUCAACGACUAGGAGCUACCGGAACAAGAGAGGUAAAAUCGCAUCCUUUCUUCAAGGAUGUUAACUGGGAUACACUUGCCAGACAAAAGGCUAUGUUUGUACCAUCAACUGAAAGUGCUUUUGAUACCGGCUACUUUAUGAGCCGCUAUGUGUGGAAUCCGGAGGAAGAUCACGUAUUUGGAGCUAGCGACUUUGAUUACAUGUCUGAGAGUUGCAGUGAUACUUUUAGCAGUGGAACUUUUAGCAACCAAGCAGAUGAAGACAGAGAUGAAUGUGGUAAUUUGGCGGAUUUCGGAAGUAGGGACAGGGACCUAACUGUGCAGUACUCCUUCAGCAACUUUUCUUUCAAGAACAUCUCGAAUCUGGCAUCUAUCAACUAUGAUCUGGUAGUGAGGAGUAUUAGGGACGAACAAGAUCAAUCCGAGAAUUCCAUGCAAUAAAAAGUCCGGGAGACAUUCUACUGACUGAUUAUUGGAUUAACAAACAAAUUAACUAGUCUUAUCAUUUUUGUUACGAAAAAACUUCACGUUAAUCCUCGAGGAAACAAAAGCUCCGUUCCUAGACAACUCUGUUUAAGAGACGAGAAUUCCAACCGUAGAAGAUGCAGAAAGUAUCAGUCUGUCUAGUUCAGGGCUCCAGGUGCCCCUUCCCUUGUAAUAUCCAUCAAAUUAACAGUUAUAUUAGUUUAUAGGAAAUGGGAACAUCUUGGUGCAAAAAAAUGUGGAUAAUUUCAUAGAAGCCAAGUAAUGUUCCCCACCCUUGUAUAUAGAAAUAUAGAAUGAAUCCUGUUUGAACAUAUGAAAAUUUUGGUCAUUGUUCCCUUAUAAUUUAACUUGACUUUCUCUCAA